AUGCAUUUUCUUAAGUUUCAAGUAUUUACUGUUUAUAUUAUCGGUGCUAUACCGGUUCUUGCCGCCAAGAAUGGGGAUGAUGUAUACAAAUUCCCCACACGACGAGCAGAGAAGUAUUAUUGGAAUAUGGUGGAUAUGUGUCAUGUAAAACACGAACUAGAACUCAUUUUAAAAUUCGGUGUUUCUCAGCCUCCAGUGAUGAUUUUCAGCUUUCAGUUGCCGUUGCGUCAGCUUUGGUUGACAUGGUUGACGCUUACUGGAAAGGACCUUGCCGUCCCGCCGCCCCGUGGCGUCCGGCGCAGCCCGGCUGCUACCGGACUUGGGGGAGACGGGGGGCGCACGGAAGCGGUAUUUGCUACACUUUAG